CCUUCCCUUUCCACCACCUCUUCUGAGUCCUGAUCAGGUUCUCUUCCUGCCUGUCGUGUCGUCGUCCCUUCACCUUGCGGAACCACCUUUCUCGCUGCUGGGCCAGGUUCCUCUUUUUUGGUCGGGUUGUUAUUUUAUUAAUGGGUACGUAAGACUUCUCCAGCUCUUUGCGACAUUGGAUGGCAUUGUUCUCGGGGUGCUCUGGCUGCUAUUGUUCCUGUUGCACAGGGGGCCACCAGCCUCAACGGAGAAUGGACUGGACGAGAUGGCAACAAACCACCCCCCUUCCGCUUUGUCGUCGGGUCUAUUUUCUCCUGACAGCUGGAGUCUGGUGUUCAUCCCGCGCUCCUGCCUUUGAAGCUGCACACCGCUUGCCAUGUAAUACGGCCGUUGGUUGCUUCUUGCCUUGGCCUCUCCGCUCUUUCUUCGAGGGCUGUGUUCGAGUAUUUAUCGAGGGUCUGAAGAGGCUCGGUGACACUGGUUUCCUUUCAACAACCAAACAAACGGCAUCUAGUAUCAUUAUCGAUUACUGACAUGGUCUCUACAGCUCGCGCAGUCUAACACCGCUUCUUUCGCGAUAUUUCGAUCCUCCUUUGAGGCCAGCGGGUUACUGCAGGAGAGCUUUCGAAAGUCUUUUCGCGCCUUUUCCAAAAUCGCCCUCUUUCGCUCCCGACUUCGAAAGUCGCUCGAACGCCGAGUCUAAUAACCACACAACCUAAUCACGCCGAACGCAUCUUUAUCUGCCCUUGGUACGUCUGACGUGGUCAAAAAAAACCUACAACAUAAAGCAAACUCCUUCGAGAAAAUCACGAAACAAUUCGUGGCUGCCCGUGCCCCCCCCCACGGGCCAAUGAUCUACAAGGACCCUGCUAAUACAUCAGCAGCCGCGAGCUCUGUUUCAUCCUGACAACUGGCACCGAGCAGUCUUUGGAGAAGUUACUCUGAUUCUUCCACUCUCUUGACUUGGGACCAUAGUCUUCUCCAACAUAUUUAAGCCGCCGACACUUGCAUACCGGUAGCUUCCGCGAGCAUGCUCAAUAUGUCUAACAUUAUGAGCAACCGCAACAGCACGCCCGAGGCGUCCAACGUCUCAUCGCUGCGCCCCCCUUCUUCGAGGGCCGUUGGCGCGAACCCCCACCCUCUUCGUGCCUCUGCCGAUAUCUCUACUCUGAGCAACCAGGCCGCCGCCGCCCGCAUCCGCCCCUCGUCGGACUUUUAUGGUCAGGUUCAGGGCGGACAGGGCCAAGGUGCUGCUGAGUUGGAUCCCCAGGAUAAGCUCACCCAGCAAUGGAUUGCCGAUAUCGACCAAUAUGAGAACACUCUCGAGGAGAUGGCUGCUGCCACCUUGGACCAGGACUUCAAGGAUGAGCUCAGCGCCAUUGAACAGUGGUUCCAGGUCCUGAGCGAGGCUGAGCGUACUGCGGCUCUCUACGCCCUCCUUCAGCAAACCACCCAGGUUCAAAUUCGCUUCUUUAUCCAGGUCUUGCAGCAGAUGGGAAAGAACCACCCCAUGUCGGGCGUUCUUUCCCCCGCCAACUUUGACAAAGAUCCCAUGUCCAACCGCUUGAGCGAUGCUAUGAGCAAGCUCAAUGUAGACUCGGCUCGCAACUCGAUGUCCCGCGCGAGCCCCGCCGCGAAGCGUCAGUCUGGUCUCGACCCCAGCACGAUCAAUGCCAUGUUUCCCGAUGCCGCCGCCGCCAUUGCGACUGAGAAGGCCAAGUUCACUCAGCAGACGGGCCAGCCCCCCUCCACCCGCAACAGCCUAGUGGACAACCGCAAUUCGCUUGCGGCCCCCACCAUCUCGGCCCCCGCCGAGGACCCCAACGGACAGAAUCCUGCUUCUCCUUGGGGUCCCAACGAUGUGAACCGGCCCAAAUCGUCUUCUGCUGGGCAGCCGCCGAUGGGCCAGUUCGUUCAGCCCCCUCCCUCGAGCGGUGCUCUUCGUUCACCUCGCCCCAAUAUCACUGGAAACACCAACAUUCAGUCUACGACCUUGACGACCGGUGACAAGGGUGUUGGUGAUUUGCCCCUGCUUUCACCUUAUACCGCCAGCGGCAACUGGGCGUCCAUGGUCAACACUCCGAUGGUGCCCACCUUCAAUCAGGGCGGUAACAACGCCGAUAUGGUGGCCAACGCCACGGCCAUGAAGCUGGCUGCGCUUUCUACCGUGAACAACCGGUUCGCGCUGGAUGAUGUGCGCAAGUAUCGUCGUGCCCGAUCCAAUGAGCCGGAUCCGGGCCAGAACCCGCUUUCUCCUGGUCUUCCCAACAUCCCCGGUGCCAUCAUGGUCAGCCAACAUGGCGGUGGCAUGGCUUUGGGCCGGGAUGGUAUGUUGAACCUUCAGCAGCCGCAACAGGGCAUGGGCUUUGUCAACCACCGGUCUCGUCCCAACUCGCCUGGUGUUCCCCUGCAGAACUCGUAUGUUCCGGCCAUGGCAUUUGCCUCGCCGCAGAACAAUGGAUUCUUGAGCGCCUAUGAUGGGUCGGCUGGGCUUAUGAACAAUGGACUGGCUCCAAACUUCCCACCCCACAUUCAGGUUGGAUUCGAGGGCGGCGGUUACCACUCUGAUCACUCUGAUAUGGUCCGCGGCCGCUCUCCGCGUGGUCGGAGAGGCACCUCGAAGCCCCCUGAGGAUCCCACCGACCCCACUCUUUUGCAGGACAUCCCGAGCUGGCUACGGAGCCUUCGUCUGCACAAGUACACGGAUAACCUCAAGGACAUGAAAUGGACAGACCUUAUUGAAUUGGAUGACAAGCAACUGGAGGAGCGCGGUGUCAAUGCACUGGGUGCUAGACGCAAGAUGCUCAAGGUCUUUGAGCAGGUCAAGGAGGCCAAAAACGAGGGCAAGUUGUCGAGCUAGAUGCGAGGCGACCAUGAAUGAACAGAUGAAGCAGACGAAAGACAGCGAAGACACCACGCAGAGCGAAAGCAUCACAGAAUACAUCAUGGUGCAGAGGGGACGGCUAAUAACUAGUGAUUCUUUUCGUGCCUUGGGUUUUUUCACACGAGGAUUGGGAAAAGCACAUGGAUAUAUGGCGGCACUAUCUCAAGCGUUACAUGCCUGUGCUGUUCCUUGGCCGAAUCUGUUCCUUUCUUUUUUUCAUUUUCUCGAGGCACGAUUGGACAUGUUGAUAUGUUUCUGUAUGAGCGGGAUGAGAUACAUGGUCUGGGGGGUAGUUUGGGCGGGUAGCGUGUUGCGAGGCUACCUGGAUAUAUCUAUAGGCGUUGGUGCGGUGAAUUGAUCAGUU